CCACUCCUUUCUUCCUCUCCUGCAUUCUCUCCUCGUCUCCAUCCAGACCAGGCGAAUUCCUCCACCAUGAUCUCCACACAGUCCUUCCGCUCCGGUUCCAUCAGGUCCCCCAGCGUAUACGGCGGCGCCGGGGGCUCCGGGGUCAGGAUCUCCAGCUCAAGUGCUUCCAGAUCCUUCUCCUCCGGUGGCGGUGGAGGUUUCUCCUCCGGUGGCGGUGGAGGUUUCUCCUCCGGUGGCGGUGGAGGUUUCUCAUCUGGUGUUGGUGGAGGUUACUCCUAUGGCGCUGGGGGAGGUUUCUCCUCCUCUGCUGCCGCAGGAGGAGGCUUCAACCUGAACGACGCCAUGGACAUCUCCGACAACAAGAAGGCCGCCAUGCAGAACCUGAACGACCGCCUGGCCUCCUACCUGGAGAAGGUCCGCCAACUGGAGGCAGCCAACGCCGAACUGGAGCUGAAGAUCCGACAGUACAUGGAGGGCAAGUCCAAACCCGAGGGCCGCGACUACUCUGCGUUCUACGCCACCAUCAGCGACCUGCACGACAAGAUCAUCAUUGCCAAACAAGAAAAUGGAGCUGUGUACCUGGGGAUCGACAACGCCAAGCUGGCCGCUGACGACUUCAAGCUCAAGUUCGAGAACGAGUUGGCGAUGCGUCAGAGCGUGGAGGGCGACAUCGCCGGGCUGAAGAGGGUCCUGGACGAACUAACGCUGGCACGAUCCGACCUGGAGAUGCAGAUCGAGGCCCUGAGGGAGGAGCUCAUCUACUUGAAGAAGAACCACGAGGAGGACCUGCUAGGUAUGAGGUCACAUGUCAGCGGUCAGGUCAAUGUGGAGGUGGACGCCGCGCCCCAGCAGGACCUGACCGCCAUCAUGGCUGAAAUGAGAGACCACUACGAGAGCGUCGCCGCCAAGAACCGCAAAGAGCUAGAAAGCUGGUUCCAGGCCAAGUCUGAGGACCUGAACAAAGAAGUCGCCGUCAGCACUGAAACCCUGCAGACAACCAGAACAGAGUUCAAAGACCUCAAACAGACCCUGCAGAGCCUGGAGAUCGAGCUCCAGUCUCAGCUCAGCAUGAAAGCCAGUCUGGAGGCCACGCUGGCUGAGACGCAGAACCGCUACGCAAUGCGCCUGUCAGGUUACCAGGAGCAGGUUUUGGCUCUGGAGGAGCAGUUGGUACAUCUGAGGACGGACCUGACCCGACAGGGACAGGAGUACCAGACCCUGCUGGACAUGAAGACCAGACUGGAGUUGGAGAUCGGAGAGUACAGACGGCUGCUGGACGGAGAGGGAGGCGGCAGCUCCUCCUCCUCCUCCUCCAAAUCAUCAACAACGACGACUCGUAAGGUGGUGAUCGUCACCAAGGAGGUCACUGAGGACGGCCAGGUCACGACCGAGACUCAGCAGAUCAAGUGAGACGACCAACAUCAGCUGUUCUCACAAAUAAAACACUACUGAGCAAAUAAA